CUGCGCUCGCAGCCUCCUCCAUUUUGUCGGUAGAGAAGGCCGGAGGUGGACGUGAGCUGCAGGCGCUAGGGUGAUCAUCGGCCAGCGGCUCGGUGUUUGUGGGGUUGGUUUGACCCUUGCCUCGUCUCUCCCUGGGAAGGGAAAGGGGUCUUGACGUCGGGAGGUAACGGCUGCCGCAGACCCGAGCUCGAAGUCGCUAGGACUUCUCUCAAGCUUGUGUGCCGAGGAGACUCCGAUGUUGGCCUCAGCGCCUAGGCUGACCUCGGCAGAUCGGCCCAUGAGAACUUCUGUCUUGAGACAAAGGAGAGGCUCGGCCAGAAGGCAGCACCUGGUGUCUUGGGCUUGGCGGCAAGGAAGACGACAGGUGGUGGGCAACCUGCAGUCGGAGCAGCGGACUGAGAGGUGACAAGCGGAAGAUGGGUGGUGGCGAGAGGUGUGACGUUCCAGCCCCCGAGCCCAGAAAUGUUAGUAAGAACCAGCAACAGCUCCACCGACAGAAGACCAAGGAUCACAACCCCCAGAUGAAAACCGUUCACAAGAAAAAGGAACGGAGCCACUGCAACUGCGAAGCGUGGCCGGCCGUGCCAAACGGAGCCAAGAACAAGAACUUUCCCAGUAAUCAGAACUAUGCUGGAGCCAAAUUCAGUGAGCCGCCCUCACCCAGUGUUCUGCCCAAGCCACCAAGCCACUGGGUUCCGGAUUCCUUUAAUCCUUCAGAUAAGGAAAUGAUGACAUUUCAACUCAAAACCUUACUUAAAGUACAGGUAUAGAAUAUAUCAAGUGCUAAUAUUAGUUUAGAUUGGGCAAAUUUAACUAGGCAUCUUUGUAAAUCUAAUUAUGUGGCUGGGCAUCUCAUUUGCUGUGUGCACUGUAAUGACAAAAUCGGUGCAGCUUCAGUCAUUAUAGCUGAUAAUGAUCUGUGGUCUCAACUGAGUGAAGUGAAACCAAUCAAGUCUGAAUUUCCAUUUUGAGUUUCGAUUUGGGGAGGCCUAAUUUUUUUGUAGGGAAAAUUGAUUAUUCAUGAAUCUGAGCUUGUUUGAAGUCCUCAGAAACUAGGAUUAAGGCUAGCCAAAUGUCAGUUUAUAGAAACCUAAUGCACUGCUAAAAUGUGAAUUUUCCUUGGAUAAAUGAUGCAGCCGUGUGGAAAGGGCACCAAGGGCCCUGGCUGGGUAUACCCCAUGGCCUUAGCUGCAGUUGGAUGGAUGGCUGCCAACAAAUGCAACCAAGCCAUUUUUUAUACAGCACUUGAUGAUUGCUCCUCUUUUCCAAUACAUUUUUGUAUUAACAGCAAUGCACAACCUGUUGGGACAGCGAUCUGGUCACUUCCCACGAGUUUGCUCAGUAGGAAUUGUACAAUGUGAAAGUUGUAAGUAGCGGGGAAGAGAGCCAUGUAAAUAUGUGUGAUCUUAGAGCAUAUGUAGCUCUUGGCCUCUAGCCUACAGAGUAUUUUAAUAUGAAAUUGCUGAAUGUAAGAUCAUGGACUUUUUUUUAAUGCUGUGGCCUAAUUUUAAAGGUCUGAAAUGUUUUUAACAUUUGUCCCUGUACUCAAGUGCAGUGUGUAAUAAUCUGUAGACUAUGUAUCAAAGGAAACCUGAGUGUAAUGAGUUUUGUGAUACAACUAUAAAAGCUUUUAAGCUGUUCCCCCAACUCAAGCCCGCAAAUGCGCUAUUCUAUGUUCCCACCAAUCUCAGCGAAGCUUUAUUUUGGCUUUCACCAUUUUUUGGAUCUGAGAUGCACGCCUAUUGCAGCAGGCUGUGUUGUAUAAAUCAUCCAGUGGAUGACCAACAUGGAAAUAUAGCAUUUCUCACACAAUAGCUUGAUUAACCUUUUACCUACACAAAAGGUAAACAUCAGGCCAGUUACACUGCAGAUAUUUUUCUAAAUGUUAAUUAUACUUUUACUUUCCACCCCACCUUCAUAAGCAGAACAAUCAAGAUUUCCCAUGUCAAAUGUUUGAAUAGUACCUUGAGUACAAAAUAUGAUUUUGAAGCAUGAAAUUAAAUUUUCUUUAUCCCCA